GAGACGUAGCAAAGCUAGGACCUACUGAAGCUCGAGAAGCUGAACAAGUUGGCCAGCGCAAGAGACGUGCCGAGGAGGAGUCCGAAUACCAGAGGUACCGUUUGCACUUUGCAAAGUCCAGACUCUCAUUCCUGAUUAGGUCGUGACAAAAAUCAGCGAUCGUCCCACUUUCCACAGGCUGCAGCGCCAAGCAGGAGCUCUUGAAUUGGAAGCCUAAUCGUGCUCAAUACUUGAGAAGGGACCUUAUUAGCAACUGCAUUGUCCCAGGCAAGGAGGUGGAUUUGCGAAGCAAACGGAUCUAAACAUUUGUAUGGCCUCCUCAGCAAUGGCGUCUCGCGUGGCAGAAAAGGGGCUUCAAGGACAAUCAAUAUUCCAAAGGGUGCAGGAUAACAAGCAGUUUCUGACCGGCACCGCUUUUGCAGCCCCGCCAGCGUGUCAAGGCUGCGCACAGCUCAGGCGGGAGGCUCGCCAGCAGGCCCCGAGGGCAGGGCUCUUCAAUGGGAAUGGAAAGCCGGGAGAGCACUAUAUCAAGCCAAAGGAGACGCUCACAACUGCGUCUGGCAAGCCUGUUGGGGACAACACAAACAGCAUCACUGCGGGCAGGAGGGGACCCCUGCUCUUGGCCGAGGACUUCCAUCUGUAUGAGAAGAAUGUCCAUUUCAACCGGGAGCGCAUCCCGCCCCGGUCAGUGCACGAGAAGGGUGCCGGUGCUUUCGGCACCUUCACCGUCACAAAGGACAUCUCGAAGUACACAAAGGCAAAGCUGUUCGACAGGAUUGGCAAGAAGACCGAGAUCUUUGCGCGGUGGAGCGUUGUUGCGGGCGAGCAUGGGUCAGCAGACUCGGUGCGCGAUCCUCGCGGGUUUGCGGUCAAGUUCUACACGGACGAGGGUAACUGGGAUCUUGUUGGCAACAACACGCCCAUCUUCUUCAUCAGGGACCCCCUGAAGUUCCCCGACCUGAUCCACUCUCAGAAGCGUGAUGUGCGCGGCCUGCGCUCCUGGACCAUGCGCUGGGAUUUUUGGGGCCACUCGCCCGAAGCCACCCACCAGGUGCUAUGGCUGAUGGGCGAUCGGGGUCUGCCCAAGUCGUACCGGCACAUGAACGGCUACGGCAGCCACACGUUUUCACUGGUUAACGAUAACAACGAGCGGGUUUGGUGCAAGUUCCAUAUGAAGUCGGAGCAGGGCAACGAGUCGUAUACUGACGAGGAAGGGAUUGCGCUGUCCGGAGAGAACCCGGACCUGUUCAACGAGGACUUGUUCACGAACAUCCAGAACGGCAACGGGCCCAAGUGGAAGAUGUUCAUCCAGGUGAUGACGGACAAGCAGGCCGACGAGGUGCCCUACGAUCCGUUUGACCUUACCAAGAUUUGGCCACACAAGGAGUUCCCGCUGCACGAGGUGGGCGAGCUGCACUUCGACCGCAACCCGGUGAACUACUUCCAGGACGUGGAGCAGGCCUCGUUCGCCCCCGCCAACGUCGUGCCCGGCAUCGGCUACUCCCCCGACCGCAUGCUGCAGGCGCGUCUUUUCUCGUACAAGGACGCGGCAGUCUACAGGCUGGGCAUCAACCACGAGCAACUGCCGGUGAACAAGCCCCGGUGCCCGGUGUUCAACUACCACUCAGACGGCUUCAUGCAGACGCAAAACGGGGCCGGCCCCCCGUACGAGCCCAACAGCUUCGGCGGCCCCGCCGAGGACGCCCGGUACGUGGACCCGGCCGUGCCCCUGCAGAUGAGCGGCGAGGGCAAGCGGUACAACCACCGGGCGGAUUCGGACGACUACUCGCAGGCGACCGCUCUUUGGCACAUAAUGAAGCCGGACGAGCAGGAGCGCGUUAUCACCGGCAUCACUAACACCAUGACCAAGGGCAAGGGCGCCGGGUGUAAAUCCGACCCGGUCCCCAAGAAGAUCCAGCAGCUGAACCUGUACCACUACUACCGGGUGGAUAAGAGCCUAGGGGAGAGGCUGGCCGAGUCUCUCGGGUUGGAUCUGAAGGAGACCAUCGCGCGCGCGGAGAAGGACCUUCCCAAGGAGGUGCCCGCGCUUGUGAGCUUGUAAAGUUGUAACAGACGAGUUGGGUUGAAAGCGUGUUGACAUGUACUAUACCAGUUGCUGUGGAAGUAGUGUUACAGGUCGAAGAGCCGACGUGAAGCCAGAUUUUGAUAGCGCAAUCAUAGAAGUUCUUGAACUUGUCAAGCUCGAUUUGAUACUGAAUCUGCGUUGCGGUACGAUAAUGUGUUCUAAUUCACCAUUGGCCUGUGCAUAUUUGAAGUUGUGGCUGCCGAGCACGUCUGCCAGAUUGCCGAUGAAGGUUUUUCUUCAUUGCCUGCAACGCAGUCACAGCACUCUUGCCCCACCAUACAGAGAAAAGUCGACUGAGUAGAACCAUUCUUUCAAGAUGAUGUCACUCAUGUGGCCGUCGG